GAAAUCUCUGGAGGUAUCGCUGGGGGUGUCCUUGUCCUUCUUGUAAUUCUGAUCGUGGUGCUGGUAUUCAGAAGGUACCAUGCAAAUAAAGGAACUGAGAACAAGAAUAAGACUCAAAAGGCAGUGCACUGUGAAAAGGGAGAAAGUGUGAAAAGUUUUUCUGUAAUUGAUACAAACGCCCCAUCAUCUUCAAAGGGAGAAAAAAUUAAAAGCUCCAAGAAAAGAAAUUAUGAGCAAAAUUUGAUGGGUAAAAAACAGGAUAACAUAGCUGAAGUUGAUGAAGAUGAAAUAGUUCACUCUGAAAAUCCAUAUGGUGAAAUGUACAUAAAUGACAUAGCAACACCGGAUAUUCCGAUGAGCCGGUUAGAAAAUGUUAUCACUGAGAAAGGGAAAGAUGAUAAUGACGGAUUUCAAAAGGAGUAUGCAACGUUACUUUACGGUGAAAAUUACAAAUGUGACGUCGGAAAAAGGACUGAAAAUAUUCCUAAAAACAGAUUUAAGACUACAUUCCCAUAUGACCACUCUAGGGUAGUAUUAAAGACAGCUUCGGACUACAUACACGCUAACUAUAUAAAAGGCGCUGAGAGAGAAAAUGAAUACAUUGCUGCACAAGGUUUUACUUAUUACUUUUUUUUCAUUGUGUUU